CGGCCGCCCGCCGCCCCUCUGAGCCGGGCUCGGGGGCAGCCCGGCACCUCAGAGCAGACCCCCGCCCCGCCGCGCCCUCUGCCGCACUUGUCCCACUGCGCGCCCCCUGGAGCGCCGCGCACCCCUGGGACCCUUGCGCGCCCCGGGUGCCCAGCAUAACCCGAGUUCCCCCGCUCACCCUGGAAUCUCAGGACUGCCCCAGGAGCCCCGCGUACCCCUGGACCCUGACGCGGCUCCGGGACCCCCACGCGCUCUAGGACCCCUGCGCGCUCUCAGAAUUCCGGGGCUCGGCCAACCCGGCUGCGCGCCCUGGUGAGGGGCCCCGCCCCAGAGGAUCCCCCUCUUCCAACAGACCGGAGCCCCGCCCCAGAGGGACCCCCAGGUCCGACAGGGACAUCCAGCCACGCCCCAGCGGGCUCCCAGCAUCUCGCGCCUGGAGCCCUGUGCUCCAGAAGAUCCUCGGUGCCCAGCUGGGGGCUCCCCGCCCUGCUGAGGGGGCGCUGCCCAAGAGGGUCCCCCGCGUCCCGCGGGCCCCGGCAGGAUGCACGCCGCCCUGGCGGGGCCGCUGCUAGCCGCCCUCCUUGCCACCGCCCGCGCCCGCCCGCAACCCCCCGACGGAGGACAGUGCCGGCCGCCUGGAACGCAGAGGGACCUGAACUCCUUCCUGUGGACUAUUCGGCGCCAUCCUCCAGCCUACUUGUUUGGCACCAUCCACGUUCCCUAUACCCGAGUCUGGGACUUCAUCCCUGAUAAUUCCAAAGCAGCCUUCCAGGCCAGCACUCACGUCUACUUUGAGUUGGAUCUGACAGAUCCCUAUACCAUCUCAGCCCUGGCCAGUUGCCAGCUGCUGCCCCAUGGGGAGAACCUGCAGGACGUGUUGCCAAGGGAGCUCUACUGGCGCCUGAAGCGCCACCUGGACUAUGUGAAGCUGAUGAUCCCCUCCUGGAUGACGCCAGCACAACGAGGCAAGGGGCUGUAUGCUGACUACCUGUUCAAUGCCAUUGCUGGUAACUGGGAGCGCAAGAGGCCCGUGUGGGUGAUGCUCAUGGUGAACUCCCUCACGGAGACAGAUGUGCGCUCCCGAGGUGUGCCUGUGCUGGACCUCUACCUGGCCCAGCAGGCUGAGAAGAUGAAGAAGAGCACAGGGGCUGUGGAGCGGGUUGAGGAGCAGUGUCAUCCUCUCAAUGGGCUCAACUUCUCCCAGGUGCUGUUUGCCCUGAACCAGACUCUGCUGCAGCAUGAAAGUGUGCGGGCUGGGAGCCUGCAGGCACCCUACACCACAGAGGACCUCAUCAAACACUACAACUGCGGGGACCUCAAUGCUGUCAUCUUCAACCAUGACACAUCCCAGCUACCCAACUUCAUCAACACCACCCUCCCACCUCAUGAGCAGGUGACAGCCCAGGAAAUUGACAGCUACUUCCGGCAGGAGCUCAUCUACAAGAGGAAUGAGCGAAUGGGAAAGAGGGUCAUGGCGCUGCUACAGGAAAACCAGGACAAGAUCUGCUUCUUCGCCUUCGGAGCAGGUCACUUUCUGGGGAACAACACUGUCAUCGAUGUCCUAAGACAGGCAGGGCUGGAGGUGGACCACACACCUGCUGGGCAAGCCAUCCACGGUCCUGCUGCUGCUGGAAGCCCAGCUCCCCGUCCUGAGAUCACCUCUCCUGCCAGCCCAGCUCCAGGAACCCCAGCUGCUGCAGUCCCAGAAGCAACCUCAGCGACCCCCACCACCCCUCCUGAGGAGGAAGACCCAGUCCUGUCCCCACACCUCUUGCUCCCCGACAGCCUAAGCCAGCUAGAGGAGUUUGGAAGGCAGAAGUGGCGAAAAAGACUAAAUAAACAUCAGCGGCCAAGGCAGUUCAAUGACCUCUGGGUCCGAAUCGAGGACAGCACUACGAUCUCGCCACCUCCGCUGCCCCUGCAGCCUACCCCCAGCUCCGAAACCACCAAGCCCUUUGUCAAGUCCUCACACCAACUCCAGCAGCAGGACCCUGUGGGGCCUACCAGCAGCUCAGCGCCUACACUGAGCCUCCUCCAUGCCAUCACUGCCUCCAUUGUAGCCCUCUUCCUACUACACAGCCUUGGGCCUUCCUGACCUCAACCACUCUUGCAGAGAAGCCAGAGAAACCACAGGAGUCUGUGGCCGUGUCCACUAUCUGACACCACCUCAGAGAGUGCUAACACCCUCAAGGCAGUUCACACAGGACAGGGACCUUAGACACUAGAGGACACUAGAGCUUUAUUCUACUCCAGUUACAUCUUCUUUUUUGUAGAAGGUCUUAAUUUCCCAUAGUGCUAUGGGGCUCUUUUGUAAAAUAUGUGUCCAUAUUAAAAGAGAAAAUGUAUUUAUUCUAUUGAUAAAACUAUUUUUAUGUAGCCUAUGUUAUAGUCCCUGAAUUAGUCCCAAACACCAACCCAGGGAAGGAGCCCAGGUUCCCAUGACCUCUGUGACCUGUGUAGACAGUGGCUUUGAAUUGGCCCCAAGCCUCCUACUCAGGCUUGAUUUCUCCCACUGUAGGCACCUCUGAGGGCAGGCAGAAAGGCAGCCCCAGCUUUUGUGAGGCUAAAUUUCAGAGCCAGGGGCAUGGUAGCCAGCCAUCCUCCCUAACCCUGUCCAGGCCCCAGAAGGGCAAUUUAAGGAUAAAGGAAGAAAGAAAGAAAGAAAGAAAGAAAGAAAGAAAGAAAGAAAGAAAGAAAGAAAGAAAGAAAGAAAGAAAGAAAGAAGAAUGUUAGAAUGCUGCUAUUUUGAAGUCCCACAUGUCUGUGGACUAGCCCUUCAGGGUUCCUGGUGGGUUUUUCCAUUAAAGUAGGAGACUGGUGCUGUGGGAGAUGAGCCCAGUCCUGUGGUCAGAUGGCUACACUGAGACCCAGAAAGUGAAUGGGGUGACCCAAGGUCACAAAGCAAGUGGGUGAUCGAUGUUCCAGUGUCACUGAUCCAGCUUCCAUUCAAGAGGGGCUGGUAAACCUUGGUUAGGGCUGGGAAGUGAGCCGGGCAGAGGACAAGAAUGGGCAGGGGUGGACACAGAAUAGUCUUAGGGGCGAUGGAGUGCAGGAGCCUCCAGUUGUGGUAAUGACAGUGGUAAAGAGAGCCACCUGCCAAAAGCCUGCUGUGCAAUGUGAUGACCUCCAAUUCAAUGAUAAGCCUGAACCCCCAAAAGAGGGGAAAAGAUCCACCCAAGAUGUAUGCCCUACCCAGCCCUGGAUUAGGGUAAUACAAAAAAUACCCUUGCUCCACAAACUGUGUUCUACUCCAGGUUCUUUCUGUCAGGAGAAGAACCAGGGAAGGCAGAUUUCCCAAACUGGAACCCUCCCAAGCUUCCCAUGGCAGACAAGGAGGCCAUUUCUCCAGCUCCCCCUGCUGGCUUCUGUAGCCAGGAGCCUCUAGCAGGAUGCUGAGCCAGCAUGGACAGGCAGGGAGUUGAGGCACAGAAGCCUUCUGUCCCCCGGGGUCUGACUGCUAACACAGUGGGCCAAAGCUGGAAUUGUGGCUCAUUUUUUAAGGAGUCCUAGAUCCUGAGAGCAGAAAAGAGCCCUCACCUGUCAACAAGAGUAAGAAUGACGCUAAGGUCCAGAAAGAGGAAAGGCCUCUCCAAAGUGGCACAGCUGGGACAGGCAUGUUGACUCCAGUCCCGUUCUCUCACCUCACUGCACAUGGGUUUCCCUGGCAGGCUUGAUGGCGCCUGGUUGGCUACAGCACCGCCAUGCUUAGGUUGGCAGACAUCUCCCUUCUGAGAUGGCAGGACUCUGGGCAACUCAUUGCAUAGUCAGGGGUCCCACAGGCAUCCUGGCAGGCAGCAGAAUUCUUUCCAGCUCUGCCCCAGUGGACAGGUUUAAGCCUGAGACCUGGCAAGAUUCUGGAACUCUGCUUCACAGGGUCCCGCCAGUCCCAUGGGCACCACACUGUAAACUGAACUUGACCUCAACCAGGACUGGAGUCAGUUUAUCCUUGGCAAAAAAUGUGACUUCCUAUUGCUGAGCGGGAAGGGGCUUAGCUGACUUUUAAAGCAGGCUCAGAAGUUAGACAUCAAACGGAUCGUGCAGAGCGCUAUUGGGAUGAGAUAAGUGUAAAGGAAUUGGAAACACACAGGCCAGAUUCCCCUGUUUGGGGCAGAGUAUGGCAUGAGAUGUAUGGAGAUCAAGCUCGAGGUUAAUUAAAGAUGAAGCAUUUGGGGAAACAGUCCAAGCACCUGACCGUGUGCCCAGACCUGUGCCAGGCGUGGGGCCAAAAUGGUGAAUUAAUACAGCAUGUAAUCACUGUGCAAGUACAGUGCCAGGGUUACACACAUGGGCUGAAUUGUACCCACCCUUCUGGGCCCAGAAGAGUUCACCAUCAACAUGGGAUAAGUGGAGCUAUCCUGGGCUACUUUCCCAGCCCCAACAUCAGGCCACUUGUCUUUCCAAACCCCUUCUUAAGGAAGACUGAAAGGGAAGGAAGUGUUCCAAACUCUCUUCCCCACCACAUUCUAAGGUUUUUAAAGAUGAUGUGCCCUGCUUAGUAGCACAUGUCUGUAAGGACUGUACUUGGGAGUCUGAGGCAAGAGCAUCAACAAGCAUCAUAAGAGGUCCAGACUGGGAUGCACAGUGAGUUCUAAAGCUUGAAGUACAUGACCAGUCCCUAUAUGAAAAAUGAAGGGAAGGGAGGAGGGGAGGUAAGGAAGGAAGAAGGAAGGAAGGGAGGGAGGGAGGGCAGGAGGGAGGGAGGUAGGAGGGAGGGAAGGAGGGCAGACUAGUCCAACAGAUCAACAAAAUUCAAGGUAGGUGUGGACUUAGAAAGAAAGAACCAUUGUUCAGGCACCUAGGGCCAAAGAUUCCUGGCCCCUGGAGAGCUCUACCAAGCCAGGGUUUAAGCAAGUAGCAAACUCAACUUACUGGCCUACAUCCUAGGAGACCUUGCGCACAAAACAGAAUGUAUGGCUAGGCCACUUAAACUUCCCUUCCUGCUCUGGAAACAGACCAGUAGUCCAUCAGCAGUUUCUCAGACUUCAUGUUCUUGCUAGCUAGACUCAUAAACACAGAGCACAGUUCCCUUGAGAUUCCAAUGAGUAUUUUUAGGACUUUCGUUUUAACUUUGAGUCAGACAGAAAGAUGGAAGGCCUGGGGCCUAGCAGAUUAAGUGACCAGCACUUAGCAGGGAAUCAAAGAGGUGCCGAUGCCAAUCUCGGAGGUCAAAGAUACAGUCUGCAAUGUCUGGACCGAGGGUGACUCAAAAUGUUCACCUUAUACUGAAAGACCCAAGCACAUCCUCCUCACAUGGAGUGUGGUCACCGGCAACGUCCUAGCCUUGUCCAGUCCAGACUUGGGCAAGCCAGGAAGCUCAGGUACUUUGUCCCACCACUUAGCCUAGUGCCCCUAUCACAACAGAUCCCAGAGAAAAGAACUGCUGGUUGUAAUUUUAAUGACACCCUAAGUGGAAAAAAAACAAAAAAAAAAAAACAAAAACAAAAAAAACACCAGACUUGUGGUAGUAAUAACCGUGAGAUAAACACCAGGCCCUCUACUUGGUAUUUAAGACCCUCCAUGACCCUGCUCAGCUGACCUUGCUGGUCAUGUCUCAUCCCUCCUACCCCAGCCUGACAGAUGGAAUCAUAUCUGUUAUCUCUAGAAUAUACAUAGUGCUGUAUACAUGUCACUCCCCAGGGGAAGCUCUCUUCCCUUCCCCCCAGCUAUUUAUCCCGUGAGGAUAACUCUAGUGGCUUGCUCCAGGAUGUCCCCACGGAACCCUUUGUACAUUACUAGUCCCACACCCACAUUCCAGAGUUAGGGCUCUUUAGAUAUGAAUUUGCUCCCUGUUGGGAAUACAAGCAAAUCAAUGAGGUGGGUCCUGUGUCUGUUUUUUUUAUGACCUUCAACACAAAGGUGAUAGAUGAAGAUGUGCUGAGAGGGACAAGGGAGGAAAGGAAGCAAGACAGAGGAAGAAGAGGUUGGAGCCAGGAAAGGCAAAAAACAGCCCUGGCUUUCUAUUUGAGACAACUUCCACAUCCCUAGCUGCUAAAGGAUAGCAUCUGAGUGUAGAGUUCUCCAGGUGGAGGUAGAUGCAUAGUAUGCAAGGCCCAGGGUCCACUGGCUGAAGAUGUGGCAACCAGCUGGAAAUCUUGGCAAAGGAUUGGUGUAAAUGCCAUGAGAGUGCCCCUGGCUUUGUAAGGUUUGGGUUCUUUAAACAUUGUUAGUUUUCCAAAAAUUCAUCUAAGCAGCCAAAAAUAUCACCCUGGCUGGCCAUCUAAGCCUGUAGAUUCGGUACUCAGUUAAAGCCGCUCUACACCCCUCCCCCAUUCUUACACAGCCCAGCCAGGCUUGCCAUGAACUGGCAGAAACUCCUGCUGCCCUUGAGCAGGGGACCUCUUGGGGAGGAGAUGCCUGGAUUGAAACCCUGCCCAUGACUCCAGCUCAGAGCCACUUCUUAGUCAGUGCCCGACCUUGAGGAAGGGAAAUCGGAGCUUAUAAGGGCUCUUGGACCCUAUCUGGCCCUUUCCAGGGAAUGUCAGCUCCUCAACCCUGUCUCCAAAGGCAGACUUUGCCUAUAGAGAGGCCUUUGCUUGCUGCUUGGGAAGCCACAGAAGCUCUUUCAGCUUCUGUUUCUUCAUGGACCAUAGGGAGAGUUUCCUGGGGCCAGAAGGAUAAUUCUGUGUAUCAUAUUGACACCACAGGCCACCAUGAUGGGAGCAUGUGACAGAUAAGAAAACAUAACUUAAAGGCCCCCUCCAUCCUACAACCUGCCUUGGGGAAUGUGAUUUUGAAUAGGAUCCAAGUCUAAGGUGCCUGGAGUGAGAAACCAAGGACUCUUAGACUGGAGUCUCUCUGGUUGCAAGGCUGAGGUGGGUGUGGCUCUCAGCUAAAGAAGGGGGAAGUUGGCCUUAGCUUUUGCCCAGUUCUGUCUCAGAUUUGUUGGCUACCCCACUGUGCCUCACUGUACCAAACUGGCUUCAGCUCUCACCAUGUUUGUGGUGUUCUUUAUCACCUCUUCCUUCACCCCUGCCCCAUGAAUUGUCAUGAAGAGUUCUUUAAGAGUAUAAUAGAAGACAAAGAAAGAUGCUAUUAAUGUUAUUUUGCCAAAAAUAUUUUUGUAGCAUAAUAUAUUAAUAAAAGAUGUUAUGAACUUGA